GGUUUGAGGUAGGUUUUGAAAUAAAUAAUUGCAAAUGUUAUCGUAGUUGUCGGGUUGACAGUAUCAAGUUUCAAAUUAUUUUCAAGUUUUUCCAAAUUCUUGUGUUUUUACAAUGUUUCGGCCUUUUUUCAAGUAUACAAAGAGAAACCCGUUUCUCCCGUCGUUCUACGUAAAAAACUACGAGUUAAUCCCAAUUGUAUGUAUCUGCAUCAUGGAUGUCUGCAUGUUCACUUUUUGGCCGUUCUACACUCUGUUCAACACAGAUUGUAUACUGAGCCGGUACAGCACGAAUCCGGCAGAUCGCUUGGACCGGCUCAUCCACCCUCGCAGCACAAAGUUACUACACUUCACUCAAGUGUUGGAACCCAAUCAAGAACUGUACGAUUUGUACCAGGACAUGAAAGAGGCCGAGGAGGAGCAGAAAAAAGCUCAAGAGAACGAAAAAGAAAAUAAUGCAUGAUGUGUGAGCCUGAUCUAUGAUCCAUAAAUAAAUUCUAUGUCAUUACUUA